CCUGCAAAACCCCACCUGUGUGCAGGCAGAAAACCAAGAAAAAAGACCCCGCCGAAGCCUCUCGUAUUGUGUACCUGCUACGUAAGAAAAGGAUGGGGACUUCCUCUUACUAGUAAGUACUUUUGACUCCAUCUUAGUUCUCCAGCUCCGUCUCAGCCCAUUUUUCCAUCCUUUCUCCUCUUGAGCUUUCAAAAGUCUGUCCAACUAGAAACUUUUUGAUCCUUAACGACGCCUCGCACCACAGCGAGGACCAUUCAUACUAUACACAAUGGCUGAGACUCAGGCCCCCGCCGAGGUUGACUACACCCUCAACAACCCCGAUACCUUGACCAAGUACAAGACCGCCGCUACGAUCUCGCACAAGGUCCUCGAUGCCGUCUCAGCCCUGUGUGUGGAGGGUGCAAAGAUCGUUGAAAUCUGCCAGAAGGGUGACGAGAUUCUCGAAGAAGAAAUCGCCAAGGUCUACAAGGGCAAGAAGAUCACCAAGGGUAUCGGUCACCCCACGACGGUCUCUCCCAGCUCCCAUGUGACCCCAUACACCCCAUUGGUUUCCGACACCCAGGAGGCCGAGACCACCUUGAAGUCUGGUGAAAUCGCCAAGAUCCAGCUCGGUGCCCAGAUCGAUGGCUUCGGAACCAUUGUUUGCGACCAGGUUGUUGUCGGCAAGGACGAAGUGACCGGCCGCGAGGCUGACCUCAUUACCGCGACUCACUAUGCCAACGAGCUUCUGCUACGCCUCAUGGUACCCCCCGGCCUUUUGGCCGGUGGCUCCGAGGAGGAGAAGAAGAAGGCUGCCGCCGAGAAGGCCCCCACCCAAGCCCAUAUCUCCCAGCUAAUCGAGAAGGUUGCCAAGGCCUAUGACUGCAACGUGGUUGAGAACACCACCAGCUGGCAAUUCGAGCGCAACGAAAUCGAAGCUGAGAAGAAGAUCAUCCUUGCCCCCGGCGCCGGUGUGAAGGGUGAGGGUGUGCCCGACGUUGGUGAAGUCUGGGGUGUUGAGAUUGGUCUCUCCCUGGGCUCCGGAAAGGUCAAGACGCUGCCCCUCCGCUCUACUCUGCACCGCCGUACCACUACCACCUACAUCCUCAAGCGUCCCAGCUCGAGACAGACCCUGUCUGAGAUUGUCAAGAAGUUCGGCCAGUUCCCCUUCAGCUUGCGCCAGCUGGAUGAUGAGAAGUCCGCUAAGGUCGGUGUCGUUGAGUGUGUCCGUGGCGGUGUCUUGAGGCAGUAUGAGCCUGCCGGUGACGCCGACAACGCUCCUGUUUCUCGUCUCCUGACCACUGUCGCUAUCACCAAGAAUGGCCUCACCAAGCUCACUGCUCCCGCCACACCUGAUUUUACCAAGGUCAAGUCAGACAAGAAGAUCGAGGAUGAGGAAAUCCUCAAGAUCCUUGAGCGUCCUUUGUCCAAGUCGACUGGCUCCAAGAAGAACAAGAACAACAAGAAGAAGGCCGCCAAGAAGACGGAGUCUGGCGACCAGGAGUAAAUAAGUCGUUUGACUCGGCCACCUUUUGGCAUAUCUAGUGAACCGUAGGAUAGGGAGAUGGAAUUGCUCCAGGCUAUGGUCGGAGCCCCUUUUCGGAGUGCUCCAGGAUGUUGAUCAAUCAUGUCAUUCAAAUCCCUAUUUCCAUUUCGGAGAGAGGUGAAUUUGUUACGCGAACACAUGGAGUGAGAGGCAUAGGUGGAUAGGAGAAUCCAUAUAAGAUUUCCUGUCUUUUUUGCCAUGGUGCCAUCUUCAAACCCUUUGGCACGUAAUUAGUUGAAAAGCGCGAAAGUUAUGCAUGAGGUGAAUAUAAAAAAGAAAUUAUGAGGUUUUGCUUACGGUUCUCAUUCUAUUCCUUAUUUGCACAGUC